GGGGGCCGGGAAGUCGUAUUUAAUCCUCCGGUUGCCGCCAUUGUCCAUCCUCACACACUUCACCGCAGUUUGAUAUGCCGCACACUGAGGAGCUCAGGUCUAUGUCGUUGGCGGCCACUAGGUGGCGAGCACAGCCCUAACAACCCGUACAGUCUUACACACCGGAAACGGAAAAACGUCACGACAGUCCAAGAUGGCUGCGCCGGUUGUGUUUCGGUGUGAGGGGGCGAAGUGACAGAUGCCCGUACCUCACCGGGGGAUAGUGUGGACUGUGACUGAUAGAACGGGAGUAUAACCGAUCUGUGUAGACGUUUCCCGCGCUCCGAUCCAUCAUGGCGGUCAGCAUGGCCUCCCAGUUCUUCUCCCAGGAGGAUGCGGCCGCUGAAGUCCUCUCCACCUCAGAGAAGGUGGUGGAAUUGCUGAACAUGGCCGUCCUCGCUACCAACGAUUCCAAGAUCACCAUGUUGAAGCAGGUCCAGGAGCUGAUCAUAAACAAGGACCCGACGCUGCUGGAUAACUUCCUGGAUGAGAUCAUCGCCUUCCAGGCCGACAAAUCCGUGGAUGUUCGGAAGUUUGUGGUGAACUUUAUAGAAGAAGCCUGUAAAUUGGACAAUGAACUCCUCAUCAAGCUGAUCGCUAAUCUGCACAUGCUCCUAAAGGAUGAGAACGUCAACGUGGUGAAGAAGUCCAUCCUGACGAUGACCCAGCUGUACAAAGUGGCGCUUCAGUGGGUUGCCCGGUCUCGCCCUACAUCCGAUUCUCAAGAGUCCUGCUGGGAUCUGGUAACAGAAAUGGCCACUGACAUUCUCCUACUUUUGGAGUCUGACAACGAUGGAAUCCGCACCCACGCAGUGAAGUUUGUGGAGAGUCUGAUUGUCACUUUGUCCCCCCGUACGGCAGAUAGUGAGAUUCCCAAGAGGCAGGAGGGAGACAUCAGUCUGGAGCAGAUCCCUACGGAUCACCCCUUUGUAAAGUACAAUUUGUUACGAGAUCUUGGAAAACAAGCCCUAAAGGAACUCCUGAAAUUCAUGGCUCACCCUGCAAUCUCCAGCAUCAACCUCACCGCAGCACUAGGUUCUUUAGCGUCCAUCGCCCGUCAGAGACCCAUGUUCAUGGCGGAGGUGAUCCAAGCCUACGAGACUCUGCAUGCAAACUUACCACCAACUCUCGCCAAAUCCCAAGUGAGCAGCGUUAGAAAGAAUCUGAAGUUGCAGUUGCUCAGUGUUCUCCGGCACCCGUCGUCUUGUGAAUACCAGGGUCCCAUCAGCACCCUUCUGAUGGAUCUGGGUACAGGUCAGGCAGAGAUCACUCGCCACAUGCCUCCACCUAGGGAUCUCGGCCGCAAGAGGACCAGGGAGGGUGGAGAAGGAGGCCAGAAGAAGAGCCGGACAGACACCCCUUUGGCGGAUGAUGACGAUGAAAAGGACACCAUCUCGCACGCCCCCUUACCCCCUGCUCCACCCACCACACAGUCUGCAACCGACAUCACAGCCGACUUCCUGCGUCCUUUACUUACUCCAGAGAGUGUGGCCAAUCUGGUCCUCAUCAGCAUGGUCUACCUACCAGAUACAAUGCCAGCUUCCUUUCAGUCCACCUACACCCCGGUGGAGUCUGCCGGGACGGACGAUCAGAUACGCCAUCUUGCCCGUCUCAUGGCUACACAGAUGACCGCAGCUGGGAUCGGCCCUGGUGUGGAGAAGGUAAAGGAAGCUCCAGCAGAAGAGGCGGAGGAGGAAAAUACAAAACCUGAAGGAUUAGUUAUCAAAAGAAGGGUCUCCUCCCUGCUCCCCCAGGGCCAGGCCAUCUCCGUGCUGGGCUCCCAGGCUAAGAAUUUAAAAGACGAAUACGCCGGAGCCCCGCUGGCCAAAAAAAGACCGGAGCCCAUCUUGCCGGGGGCACAGCUGAAGGUGGCCGCAGCCGGAGGCCGUAAGAAAAUCUUUAAGCUCAAAGAAGUUUUGGAACCGUUGACGGAAAUUCAGAUCAAGAACCUCAAGCUGCAAGCGGUGCAGAGAAUCCUGCAGGCGGAGCGCAGUGUGGGGGGCAGCGGGGCAGCACAGAUGCGAGUGAAGAUUCUGGCGCGAUUGGUGACCAAGCUGGACCCCUCGCUGAAGGCUGAAGUCUUGAGCCACUUUCUGUUUGACCCCCGCGGACGUCUGGACCUGGCUCUGGCCUGGCUGUACCAGGAGUAUUGUGAAUAUCAGUCAGGGGCAGGAGAAGAAGGCUACCAGGAGUGCUUGAUAGGGAUCCUGACCGGACUGCAGGAGCGGCCGGACCAGAGAGACGGGGUCUUCACGAAAGUUGUUUUGGAGGCUCCUUUGCUGACAGAAUCUGCGCUGGAUGUCAUUCGCAGAUACUGCGAGGACGAGGGCCGCAGUUACCUGGGGAUGUCCACACUGAGAGACCUCAUCCUCACUCGCCCGGCUCGGCAGUUCCAGUAUUUGCAUUUGCUUCUGGACCUCAGUUCUAAUGAGAAGGAUAAGGUCCGGCAGCAGUCUCUGCUCCUUAUAAAACGCAUGUACGAAAAGGAGAGUCUCCGGCAGUACAUAGAAAAGUUUGCACUUAACUACCUGCAGCUGCUCGUCCACCCUAACCCUCCCUCUGUGCUCUUUGGGGCGGAUAAGGACACCGAGGUUGCCGCACCCUGGACAGAGGACACAGUGAAACACUGCCUGUACCUCUAUCUGGCUUUACUACCACAGAACCACAAAUUGAUCCACGAGCUGGCGUCGGUCUACACAGAGGCCACUGCGGACAUAAAGCGGACCGUGCUGCGCGUCAUCGAGACACCGAUCCGUGGCAUGGGCAUGAACUCCCCGGAGCUGCUCCUGUUGGUGGAGAAUUGCCCCAAGGGGGCAGAAACCCUAGUGACUCGUUGCCUCCACAUCUUAACUGAUAAAGUUCCUCCUUCUCCCGAACUUGUGAAACGCGUGCGAGAUCUGUAUCAGAAGCGCCUCCCAGACGUCCGCUUCCUGAUCCCGGUGCUGAAUGGCCUGGAUAAGAAGGAGGUCAUUCAAGCUUUACCCAAACUCAUCAAACUCAACCCGAUUGUCGUGAAAGAAGUGUUCAAUCGGCUACUGGGAACGCAGCACGGAGAUGGAAGCAGCUCCAUGUCCCCUCUGACUCCCGGAGACCUGCUGGUCGCUCUUCAUAACAUCGAUUCCAGUAAAUGUGACAUGAAAUCUGUCAUCAAAGCCACCAACCUGUGUUUCUCGGCACGCUCGGUAUAUACGUCUGAGGUGCUUGCGGUAGUUCUUCAGCAGCUGAUGGACACCACGCCGCUACCCAUGCUUCUUAUGAGGACGGUGAUCCAGGCCCUGGGCAUGUACCCCAGAUUAGGGGGCUUCAUCAUGAACAUCCUCACCCGUCUCAUCUACAAGCAGGUCUGGAAGUAUCCAAAGGUUUGGGAGGGUUUCAUUAAAUGCUGCCAGAGAACCAAACCCCAGUCCUUCAGUGUCCUCCUCCAGCUCCCUCCUCCACAGCUCCUGUCUGUCCUCCAGACGUCUCCUGACCUCAGAGACCCCCUCCUGGCUCAUGUACGGGCUUUUACGCCAAACCAGAUGGCCCAUGUCCCUCACGCCAUCAUGGCUAUCCUAGAAGCCGAAUCCAGAACAGACACUGAAUCGGAUGAAGUCGCUGCGGCAGAAGAGCCGGGAGAGAUCCCAUCCCAAAUCCAUAUCGCCCAUAUUCUUGCCCAAGAGAAAUCGCUAAAACGGCAGGUUCAAGAGGAGCAGAAAAUAAAGAGUAUCCAGGAGAUGAGGGAAGACGCCGAGAUGGAUCUCCCGGUUAUCCUCAUAGAGGAAGAGGAGGAAAUGAUCACG